AUGGUCGCAACUCCGGCGUCAUUGCUCCCCGGUACUCUGACAAUGAAACCCAUUGUUCAAGCGCCAUGUAUAAAGGCUAGAGAAAAUAAUGGAUCAAAGAAGAAGAAGAACAAGUGUACUACAGGAGAUUUAAAUAUUCCUUCAGAGCUCUUGCAGGAGAUACUAUCCUACCUCGGACCAAAAGACAACAAAAGAGCUUCCCUUGGAUGGUUGGUGUUUAUGGCAAAUAGGAAGAAAACAGAAUUCUUUCUAAACCCGUUUACCCGGGAGUGUAUCAACUUACCCAAUAAUUCACGAUUUUUCCCAAGCGAAUGCUUAGCUUUCUCAGCUGCUCCUACAUCAAGUAGUUGUCUGGUGGUCACCUUCACCCACCAAAUAACUUCCAAAAAUCGUUUUGUGAUCGCUACUUGGCGACCAGCUGGUGAAACCGUGUGGACCUUCCAUCGUUUUCGUAACCAAUCAUCCUGUGGUAAAUGGGACAAAUUAGUCUACUCGAAUGGUGUAUUUUAUGGUUUCAGUAAUUGCGGCUUCGUCGGUGUUUUCGACCCGUGUAACGCAACCUGGAAGGUUCUUCCAGUGAAACCUUGGGACUGUCCUGCCUUUUGUCAGAUAGAUUUCAGUAUGAAAAAUGUGUUGAUGAUGGAGCAUAGUGGAAACAUUUUUGCUAUGUCUAGACAGCUCAACAACAAGUCCCCGGUAUUUAAACUAAACCUUGAACGCAUGUUAUGGGAAGAGAAGAGUGAAGUUUGUGGCUUGUCAGUAUUCGCAAGUUACCCUGAAUCUGAGAGGAACAGGACAUAUCCGUCGGCUAAUGUGCAACUUAGCCAGUACUGCUCCCUUGUUAAUGAGAAAAGCUCUCGUCCACCUACAAUUGGAGCUGUGAUACUUUCAGGCUCUUAUUUAAGCUCAGGUACGAUUGUGUCCUUGACAUCAUGUGCUUUCUUGAUCGAGCCUGUCCAGAUGUACGCAAUUAAGGCACCUUUGUGCUCCACACUAAAAAUAGUAAGAAUAGAUUAUAUUUAUUAA